AUGGGGAUAAUUGGUCGAACAGGCGCUGGUAAGAGCUCUCUGGUGUCCCUUCUCUUUCGUCUGGUGGAAGUUCAGCGCGGCUGCAUUCUCGUUGAUCAGGUGAACACUGCUCAAGUGCUUCUGGUUGAUCUGCGCAGGAGAAUUUCCAUCAUUCCUCAGGAUCCCCUGUUGUUCACGGGUACCGUCCGCAGCAAUCUCGAUCCAGAAGACCACUUUGAUGAUGAGGAGCUGUGGCACGCACUUCAGGCGGUGCAACUGAAGUUGUUUGUGGAGACCAUGCCGAAUGGGCUAUGUGGCCGAAUAGCUGAAGGUGGAUCCAAUCUGAGCACCGGGCAACGUCAACUGCUGUCUCUCGCUCGAGCUAUCUUACUAGGCAAUAAGAUCUUGGUGAUCGAUGAAGCCACAGCAAAUGUCGAUCCCGCAACCAACGCAAUCAUUCAAGAGACAAUCCGUACCCAAUUCACCAAUAAUACGAUUCUCACAAUUGCCCAUCGUCUACAGACAAUAAUCGACUCAGACGAAGUGAUCGUUAUGGAGUCUGGACGGAUAGUCGAACAAGGCUGUCCUUAUAGUCUGCUGGACCCUUCUGGAGCGGCUGAGCUCAGUAAGCAGUCGGCGGGAUCCACAGCGGAACCUGUCACUGCAUUUAAACAGCUAAAUGUCAUCGCUGCUUCUGGAGUCAGUGGCAACGGCCACUUUGCAGCCAUGGUGUCGCAGACUGGUGAGACUUUUGCUGCCGAGCUUACAGCCGAAGCUAGACGAGCCUUCCUCCACAAAAUGGCCGUUGGAGCCCUCUUUUAA